AUUAUUUCUUUUUGUAACCCUUCUAGUGUAAACAAAUCACACUGCAUCAUGGCGGCAGAGUCUAUGGAAAUUGAUGAUGCUUUGUAUAGUCGCCAGAGGUAUGUUCUUGGAGACACAGCAAUGCAGAAGAUGGCUCAGUCCCAUGUAUUCCUGAGUGGUAUAGGUGGUCUUGGUGUGGAGAUUGCCAAAAAUAUAAUUCUGGCUGGGGUAAAGGCUCUUACAGUUCAUGACACCAAGCAGUGCACGAAAUGGGAUUUGGGGAUCAACUUCUUCAUCCAUGAAGAUGAUAUUACCAGUCAAAAGAACAGGGCUGAGGCCACACUUCAUCGUAUUGCAGAACUCAAUCCAUAUGUCCAUGUAGCAGCAUCAACUGUGCCACUGGAUGAAACCACAGAUCUGUCUUUUCUAAAGCAGUACCAGUGUGUCAUAUUGACUGAAGUAAGUCUGUUGCUGCAGAAGAAGAUUAAUGAUUUCUGUCAUGCUCAGCAGCCACCUAUUAAGUUCAUCAGUGCAGAUGUAUAUGGAAUAUGUUCACGUUUGUUUUGUGACUUGGGUGAUGAAUUUGAAGUGCUGGAUACAACAGGAGAGGAGCCAAAGGAGAUCUUCAUUUCAAAUAUAACACAAUCAAAUCCUGGUAUUGUCACUUGCCUUGAAAAUCAUCCACACAGGCUCGAAACAGGACAGUUCUUAACCUUUCGGGAAGUUAAUGGAAUGUCAUGCUUGAAUGGAUCCACACACCAAAUAACAGUGGUGUCACCUUAUUCCUUCAGCAUUGGUGAUACGUCAGAUAUGGAGCCUUACUUACAUGGAGGCAUAGCUGUCCAAGUGAAGACACCCAAGAUGUUUUACUUUGAACGGUUGGAGAAGCAGAUAACAAAUCCAUUAUGCCUUGUUGCAGAUUUUAGCAAGCCUGAG